UGAUCGAUCGAUUGGUUUGUUCACUCAUUUAUUCAUUCAUUCUGUUGAACGAAAGGGUCUGGGGCCAUUGUCGAGAGUACUCGCGUCAUCCAGKCUGUGUCAAGGUGAACAGUAAAGGACCGAUUUGCUGAUUAGGUACGAAGAAUAGGAGAAGACGAACGCUUGAUUCCUCCGUCUCCGAUACGACUACCAUGGCGACCGUCCAACCWGAAGCCACAGGACCUCCCGAACCUCCGAACGCCGCGGCGGACAACGACCACCAAAAAGUCGAUCGCAUAACGUCGCUACAGGAAGGAAUCGAYGGUCUCUCCCUGUCGUUGUUCGAAGCGCUGAGGGGCCUGAGAGACGCGGUAGCACCCGAAUCCGGCAACCUAGGCGGGGUGCAGCAGCAGCAGCAAGCACAGGCAAGCAACGCCGGCGAAACCAACGGCAACAAAAACAGCGGCAACAGCGAGAGUCCCAACGGAAGCCCGGAGGACGAUUUUGAGGAGUUUUGCCUCGCCUACCAAAACCGCGACCCGGACACCCUCGCCCUGGUCCAGAAGCACGCCAAGGGGGUGCCCACCCGGGAGAAGGACUUCCGCCUGAUCCACGAGCGGAUCCGGGAGGAAAAAGACGCCGACCUCGUCCGGGCCGUCGCGGCGACGGUCCUGGAGAAGAGCGCCGACAUCGACCGAAGGGUCUCGGAGCUGCCCGGGAUGCACCGGACGCGGAAAGAGCAGCUGGAGCGGAUCGAGGAGCUGAUCGAAAAGAACAAGGACACCGCCGCCAGGCUCGAGGACGCCUACCGGCGGGCGGAGCACCAGCGGACGAAGGUCCGCGCCUUUGUCCGGGACCACACGUGCCGGUCGYUGGGGAUCAUCGAGGACUAGCAAGAGCAAGCGCCGCCACAGACAGAACGCAAUAAUUCGUAACAGCUAUA